UCUCAUCAUAUCGUAGACCCUCGGUGACCUAUGCAUUCAGCAUUCAAGGAGAAGCGAAAUUGCCUGUUAGGGAGAGAAUAUAUUUCUUAAUCCAACGAGAGAUUUGCUUCCCUUCCCACUUUCAUUCAUCCGAAAAAAGAAACACCCGUCAAUUCCUUGACUGCAGAGAUGAAGCCAAUGAAGUUCAAGCUACUAGAAAUCAUUCUAUAUCUGAAUUUGUGUUACGCAUGCGCGGUAGCAGAAGAGAAGAUCCAGCAAGCCAAAAAGACUUACAUAGUUCACAUGGACAAAUCCAACAUGCCAGAGAGUUUCACUGAUCACUCCCUAUGGUAUGACGCAUCUUUAAAAUCUGUCUCAGAUUCAGCAUCCGUGCUUUACCCAUACAAAAACGUGAUCCACGGCUACUCCACAAGGCUAACAGCUGAGGAAGCUGAAUCACUUCGAAGACAACCUAGAAUUCUCUCUGUCCUACAUGAAGUGACAUAUGAACUGCACACAACUCGAACACCUGAGUUCCUUGGAUUAGGAAAGAGCAGUGCUCUGUUCCCUACCUCUGAUUCAAUGGGUGAUGUGACUGUUGGCAUAUUGGACACUGGAGUUAGGCCCGAGCUGAAAAGUUUUGAUGAUUCGGAGCUUGGGCCAGUACCGUCUGGCUGGAAAGGCGUGUGUGAGGUGGGCAGAAACUUCAGCGCGUCAAGCUGCAAUAGGAAACUAAUUGGUGCCAGGUUUUUUUCAAAAGGGUAUGAAGCAUCUUUUGGACCUAUUGACGAAAGCAGGGAAUCAAAGUCCCCGAGAGACGAUGAUGGACAUGGAACUCAUACAGCAACUACAGCUGCCGGCUCAGCUGUGCCUAAGGCUAACUUGCUAGGAUACGCAUCUGGAACAGCACGUGGGAUGGCUUCACAUGCCCGAGUUGCCAUAUACAAGGUGUGUUGGCUUGGUGGGUGCUUUGGCUCUGAUAUUGUAGCAGCCAUGGACGCAGCUGUCGCAGAUGGAGUGGAUGUUAUUUCAAUGUCUAUUGGGGGAGGACUAUCGGAGUACUAUGAUGACACGAUCGCCAUUGGAGCGUUCACAGCAGCGGCCCGUGGAGUUUUUGUAUCUUGCUCAGCCGGAAAUAGUGGACCCAUUCCAAGCAGCUUGUCAAAUAUUGCACCAUGGAUAACCACUGUAGGUGCUGGAACACUGGACCGUGAUUUCCCUGCCUCUAUUACUCUAGGAAACGAGGACCAAUACUCUGGCAUGACACUUUAUAACGGAAAGCAGUUACCUCAUUCCAAGGUGCCACUAGUUUAUGGUGGUAAUGUGAGCAAUUCAAGUAGUGGAAAUCUUUGUAUGGCUGGAAGUUUGAUUCCAGAAAAGAUUUCUGGGAAAAUAGUGCUAUGUGAUCGAGGGGGUAAUGCAAGGGUGCAAAAAGGAGUGGUGGUGAAGGCUGCUGGUGGUGUAGGGAUGAUUUUGACAAUCACUGAUAGUUUUGGAGAAGAGCUAGUUGCUGACGCGCAUCUCUUACCUGCGGCAGCUGUUGGGCGGAAGACUGGGGAUGCAAUCAAGAAAUAUAUAUCUUCCGAUCCUAAUCCAACAGCCACAAUUGGUCCUGGAACCACCAAGUUAGGUGUUCAACCAUCUCCCGUGGUAGCAGCAUUCAGUUCUAGAGGUCCAAAUCCAGUCACUCCAGCAAUACUUAAACCAGACAUUAUUGCACCAGGAGUCAAUAUCCUUGCUGGGUGGACUGGUGCAGUUGGUCCGACUGGAUUAGAGAGUGACCAAAGGCAUGUAAACUUCAACAUCAUUUCAGGCACAUCAAUGUCAUGCCCCCAUGUCAGUGGGUUAGCUGCACUACUCAAGGCUGCUCAUCCUGACUGGAGUCCAGCAGCCAUUAAAUCUGCCCUCAUGACCACAGCCUACACAGCUUAUAGAAGUGGUGAAAAAAUGGAAGAUGUUGCUACCGGAGGACCAGCAACACCAUUUGAUUAUGGUGCCGGGCAUGUGGAUCCUGUUGCAGCCCUUGAUCCUGGCCUUGUCUAUGAUGCUACAGUUGAUGACUAUCUUGGUCUUCUUUGUGCCUUGAACUACACAGCAAAUCAAAUUAAGAGCAUUACGCACAGAGACCUCACCUGUCAGACAAGCAAAAAGUACACCCUGGGAGAUUUUAAUUACCCAUCCUUCUCUGUUCCUCUGGAAGCCUCAGGCAAAAAGGGUGGUGCUGGCGUCUCAAGCACCAUCAAUUAUACCAGGACCCUUACUAAUGUUGGUGCCCCGGCGACAUACAAAGUUUCUUUGUAUUCACAGACCCAUGCCGUGAAGAUGUCGGUUGAGCCAGCAACGCUUAGUUUCAGUGCAGAAUAUGAGAAAAAGAGCUAUACCGUGACAUUUACAGCCAGUUCUAUGCCAUUCGGUACAACCAGCUUUGCCCGUCUGGAAUGGUCAGAUGGAAAACACAUUGUUGGUAGUCCAAUAGCUUACAGCUGGAAAUAAACAUGGCUACAAUUGGGUUCAUGAUACUAAUACUGGGACUGCCAAGUGCCUCAAAGCGCGAGUGAACUCCCUUACAGUAUAAUGAAUCCGUCUUGUACUAUCUAUAUUACAGCAAACUGUGAUGGCAGAGCCAGCUGGUCUUAAAAUUGCUCUCCAAGAAAAUUAGGGGACAGUAAAUUGGGUUUAAAAAAAACCAGGACAAGGUGGGGAAUAAUUGUACAGUUACCUACUGUUUAUGAAACUGGCAUGUGAAUUUGGACUGCAUUCCUAGUAAUAAUUUGUCUUAAAAAUCUUGCACUCUUCUGAUGUUCCUGUCUUUCAUGAUUCACACCAUUGUGCAACAUAUGAGAGG